AUGGGGCCCCGCCACCUUACCCAGUGGCACAGCGUGCAGGCAGCGCCCCGGGUGGAGCGAGAGUCAUUGACCCCACCCACUCCCGAUCCCGUGUCGCGCGUGGGUCCUCGGUCCGCUCACCGCCGCGUGGGCCCGCGCGGUGCUGGUGCUCCUCGUGCGCGCGCGCGCGCGGGGUUUACGAGGAUCUGGGGGACGCUGCCCAAGUUGCCUCCCUGCUCGCAGCAAGUUGUCCAUCGUGAACCGGCUCCACGCGCGCCGCUGCAGUCGCUUUCUUCCCUGCAUCUGCAUGUCCUCUCGUGCAAGUUUCCAUCUCCGAGCAGUCACGGCCACGUCAUGCCCGCUGGAUUCACGGCGGCCCCACGCGUCAUCGAGACAUGGCGCGGUCGUAGAAGCCAGCCCUGGCUCAGCUCCGUAGCUGGGCGCCCGCCGCCUCUUCCGGCGGCUGCGGCGGCGGCGGUGGAAGCGGAGGAGGUGGCGCUGGCGUCCUCGCUCGAGGAGCGGCGGGCGGAGGACGAGGAGGCGGCGCUGCGGGACUCGCGGAACGAGGGCAGGCAGCGGGAGAUCGAGAAGCAGGAGAAGCAGGAGGUGGAGCUGGAGGAGUACCACAUGCAGCUCGCGCUGGAGAUGAGCGCGCGGGAGGACCCCGAGGCGGUGCAGAUCGAGGUGGCCAAGCAGAUCAGCCUCGGCUCAUGCCCGCUACAGAGCCCCGCGGCAGAGGUCAUCGCAUUCCGAUACUGGAGUUUCAAUGCCCUUAGCUACGAUGACAAGAUCUUGGAUGGGUUCUAUGACGUUUGGGCCAUUGGGGGAAAGCCACCAGUGCCAACCAUACCCUCCCUGGUGGAACUGCAGGAGCAACCUUUUUCGCAUGGAGCUAAAACAGAAGCUGUAUUGGUCAACAGAGCGCAAGACUCUGAGCUGGCGGAACUUGGUCAGAAGGCACUUGUCAUAGCUGCGGACUUUCGCGCACAAACUUCACAUUAUGUUGGCCGUGUUUUGAUUCAGAGACUAGCUAUUCUAGUGGCAAACCACAUGGGUGGACCAGUUUUUGACCCAGAAAAUGUGCUGUUGAAGUACCAGAGUAUGAGCAGCUCGCUGAGAGCUAGUAUAACAAGUGCGGUCAUGCCUCUUGGCCGGCUCACAAUUGGUCUGGCUCGUCACCGUGCCCUGCUCUUUAAGGUGUUGGCCGACAACCUUGUUGUUCCUUGUCGACUAGUUAAAGGAAGGCAGUACACUGGAUCAGACGAUGGAGCCUUGAACAUUGUGAAAUUGAAUGAUGGAAGGGAGUACAUUGUCGAUCUCAUGUCAGAUCCCGGUACUCUUAUUCCUUCAGACGGUGCAGACUUGGGUAAAGAAUUUGAAGAAAGUUUCUUUGCAGAUAAUCACCACGGUGACAAAGAUGACGACAACACUCAGUUGGGGUCUUCUGUUAGUGAAGCUUCAACUCCUGUGUACGGUUCUUUUGGAAAUGAGUCAAAAGGAUCCACACCUACCAAUGCUGGGCACUCGGACCCAUAUGGGGCAUUAACUGGCCAGAGUCGUAACCAAGGAUCUUUGCAAUCAAGUUCAUACGGGGAACUAUCAGUUGGCUCACAUGCAAGUGAAAGUUUUCCUGUUGCCCAUGAAUCUAGAAGUACUGACCCUGACCCUACUGGGGCUGUGAAGAACAGAGAAAAGCCGAUUGCAGCAAAUAAGUCAAGUUCACCUUCGUCCUCUGCGGUGGGCAGCUCUCCAGCUGUACGGAGGACAAAGGUGAAAGAUGUCUCAGAGUAUAUGAUUAGUGCUGCAAAAGAUAACCCCCAGUUAGCUGAGAAAAUUCAUGCUGUAUUACUAGAAAAUGGAGUUGUGCCACCUGCUGAUUUGUUUUCAGAAGAAUCUAAGGAACAGCCAAAAGACCUAAUUGUGUAUGACACAUCUCUGUUUCAAACAAAAGGUGAAAUGAUAAAGAGGAUGAAUGAGCUUGAGUCCACAUCACAUGAUGAAAGUGAUCAUGGUCCUUCGUUGCCACCUCAUCCUGUACAUGAACGCCAAACAAAGGCUGUUCCUUAUCGGAUGCCUCUGGAUCUUAAACCUGUCCAGGGAAUGGGUGUUUAUCAACCCCCGAAUUUCCAUGGUAAUACUAAUCCCUCUUUGCCUCUGUAUGAACCAUCUGCGCUUGCCCGAGAAUAUCCAUUCCAACUUAUAAAGCAAAUGCCUGUUACAGCUGCUGCUGUUGCAACUGCUGCAGUGGUUGCGUCCUCAAUGGUUGUUGCUGCAGCUAAAUCUAACAGUGAUAUUAGACUAGAUGUGCCUGUUGCUGCUGCUGCCACUGCUGCUGCAGUUGUUGCUACAUCCGCUGCUGUUAAGCAAUACGAAUACUUGGAGCCUGGUUGUCAGGCAAAUGGACCAGUCCAUAGAGGACAUGACUUCUGGAAUAAAGAUCAGCUGGAAAUUGAUCAUGGGCAAGAAAAUUCCCUUGAGCAUGGAGAUGCUUUGGUUGAUGUGCCUCACGAAGCUGAAAGGAUUUCUGACAAGUCAAUUGGCACGGAAAGUGUAAGAUCUGAUAUAGCUAUGGAUGAUGUCUCAGAGUUCGAGAUCCAGUGGGAAGAAAUUACUCUGGGAGAACGUGUUGGGCUAGGAUCUUUUGGAGAAGUGUAUAGAGGGGAAUGGCAUGGAACAGAAGUUGCAGUCAAGAAAUUUCUGCAGCAAGAUAUUUCAAGUGAUAUUCUGGAAGAAUUAAAAGCUGAGGUGCGAAUAAUGAAGAGAUUGCGGCAUCCCAAUGUUGUUCUUUUUAUGGGUGCUGUCACUCGUAUACCUAACCUUUCUAUCUUGACUGAAUUUCUUCCAAGAGGUAGUUUGUUCCGGUUGAUCCGUCGCCCCAACAACCAAUUGGAUGAAAAAAAACGUAUAAGGAUGGCACUUGAUGUGGCCCGUGGUAUGAAUUAUUUGCACAACUGCACCCCUGUUGUAGUUCAUCGAGAUCUGAAGUCUCCAAACCUACUUGUUGACAAGAAUUGGGUAGUCAAGGUUUGUGAUUUUGGUUUAUCACGUAUAAAGCAUGAUACCUUCCUUUCCUCAAGAUCCACAGCUGGAACAGCUGAGUGGAUGGCACCAGAAGUACUUCGAAAUGAACCAUCGGAUGAGAAGUGUGACGUUUUCAGUUAUGGGGUUAUAUUAUGGGAACUUUGUACUUUGUUACAGCCAUGGGAAGGUAUGAAUCCCAUGCAAGUUGUUGGAGCUGUUGGUUUUCAGCAACGACGUCUUGACAUUCCAGCCGGUGUGGAUCCCACCGUAGCAGAGAUAAUAGAGAAAUGCUGGCAGACAGACCCAAAGGUACGUCCAUCAUUUGCAGAGAUCAUGGUUGCCUUAAAACGGGUAUUGAAAAAUUUGUCUGCCAACCAACCAAGAAGACAGAGAGUACAGCAAACGGAUGAGUAAGGAAAAAAAUGGAGAUGAAUAUCAGCUGACAACACAAACAAAAACGAAUGCAUUGGUCUCUCCUGCCUUCCAGCAGCUGCCCAUCUGUAACUACACAAUUUUUUGUAUAGCAACAAAUUCGGUGAUGGAAAAGGUGAAAUUUCGUCCGUUUUGCCCUCCAAUUACAGCUGUAAAUUUCCAUUGAAACUGGCAGAGACCUUCACAGCAUUACUGCGUCAGUCCAUUUGUGGGGUGAAAGGGAGUACAGAUAAACAUAUCCAUCAAGGGAAAGUGAAGG